UUAUAAUGUAAUGCUAGUCAAAUGUAAAUUAAGAAUAAUAUUUUCGUUUUAUGCAUAUUUGAUAUCCAAAUAAUUUGAAAAUUUAGUAAGUAUGGAAGAGAACAUAGAAUGUGGAGAUUUUAUAUUUUUUAAUAACUUUGAUUCUGCAAAUCUUGCAAAGGUUGAAAAAGUUGAUAAUAGCAAGGCUGAUAAUACAGAAAAAAGUGAAAAUAACAAAACUAUCAAAAAUAAAUCACAAAGUGAAUGCCCUAGCGAUGAAUUUAAUCUUUGGACAAAACAAGAUUGCCAAGGUACAGAGUUCCAAAAUAAUAAUAGAACUUGGUUUUAUUUUGGUAUUAAAUCGGCAAUACCAGGAAUCUAUGUUAAACUUAACUUAGUUAAUUUGAACAAACAGCUGAAGAUGUUUAACCAAGGAAUGUCCCCUGUUUAUAAAGUAAUACCAGGACAUCCCCAUUGGGAAAGGAUAAAAGAAAAGCCUACUAUUUCAGGAGAUGAAAAAAGCAAUGAAUUUAUAUUAUCAUUUAUUUAUAAAACAUCAGAAAAUUCUAACGCAAUUACUUAUUUUGCAUUUACAUAUCCAUUUUCAUAUACAGACUUGCAAAAUUAUUUAAAGAGAAUAGAUACAAAAAUGUUAAAGCGAAUAGGAAAUGUUGCCGAUGAUAUUUAUUACCACAAGGAAUGUGCAAUAAAAUCUUUAGAAGGACGAAGACUAGAUGUUUUGACAAUAAGUUCUUUUUAUAAUAUAUUACCAGAAAGAGAAGCUAAAAUCAAAGGCUUAUAUCCAGAGCAAGAUGAAAAAAGACCUUAUAAAUUUAAAGAUAAAAAAGUCAUAUUUUUGAGUGCAAGAGUUCAUCCUGGGGAAACACCAUCCAGUUUUGUUUUAAAUGGCUUUUUAAAUUUCAUAUUAAAUCGAGAAGAACCAAUAGCAAUUAUUCUUCGUCGUCUUUAUGUUUUUAAAUUAAUACCAAUGCUUAAUCCAGAUGGUGUAUCUCAUGGCUAUUAUCGUAUGGAUACGAAAGGCGUUAAUCUCAAUCGAUUGUAUUUAAAUCCAUCAAAGUCUGAACAUCCAACAAUAUAUGCAGCAAAAACCCUACUAAGGUAUUAUCAUAAUGGAUACAGUUUGCUAGAUGAUCCAGUUCCAGAAAGUAUAAACAAGAAAAAUAUAGGUACUUACAAUUCUACCAGUUGUAUUAAUAGUAAUCCAAAAGAAGAUAAAACUUUUAAAAAGGUAAAUACAAUAUCUUAUGAUGAAAACCAGAAAUCAUCAGAGCAUGGAAAUCAUAUACAAAAUUAUUUAGCCCCAGUCGCAGAAAAAUCAAUGCAAUGCCUAGAAAAUCAAUCGAAUUGUUCUGAUAACGUGGGAAAUAUCGAGGGUAUGACAAUAAGUUCAACUGGAAAUGUUAAACAAUCUUCAAAUGAUUCUGGAAUAUUUUUAUAUAUUGAUUUUCAUGGUCAUGCAUCAAAAAAAGGAAUUUUUAUGUAUGGUAACCAUUUUAAUGAUCCAGAAGAAGCAGCAGAUUGCAUGCUAUUACCCAAAUUGAUGUCUUUGAACAAUCCUAAUUUUCACUUUACAUCAUGUAAUUUUGCUGAAAAAAAUAUGUACUUAAUUGAUAAACGGGAUGGUCUAUCUCGCGAAGGUUCGGGUCGAGUGGCUGUAUAUAAGUUAACUGGUAUGAUCUACAGUUACACUUUGGAAUGUAAUUACAAUACUGGUCGAUUAGUUAAUACUAUUCCUCCAAGAAUUAAAGAAGGAUUACAAAAGUGUCACAACCAAUUAUUUGUACCACCUAAGUAUACUCCAAUGGUCUUUGAAGAAGUUGGAGCAGCUCUUGGACCAUCAAUUCUUGACAUGACUGGUAAUAAUCCUAAUAGCAGAAUACCAAAUAGUCACUAUCGUUCAUUAAAAGCUCUUCAAGCAUAUUUAAAAUUGAUAUCUGCUUCUAAUUACCAAGCAACAAUGAGUAAACCUUUGCAUAAGGUAAAUCUUUCUGAUACAGAAAACGAUACUAUUGGUGUUAAUGAUGUUACAAAUGAUGAAAUAAGACAAUGCGUCCUAUGCUGACCAAAUUAUUAAGCCAAUUUUGUGCCUUAUGGCCACCAUUUAAUAUUCAUUAAUGCAUUAAUAUGUAUGGAACAUUGAUUUUAAAAAAAAAAUUAAUUUUUAU